AUGUCAUUACUCCUCCAGUCCCUGACUAGAAGUCAUUUCUCCUCCGCUCCCUGACAAGAUGUCAUUACUCCUCCAGUCCCUGACUAGAUGUCAUUACUCCAAUAGUCCCUGACUAGCAAUGUCAUUACUCCUACAAUUCCUCCUCGCUUCCUUCGUUUCCAACAAAAUUGAGCCCCAUGCUCAUGAUCAUAACUCCAUACUCCGAAUAAACUUGUUCGCCUGGUUGGUUGGGUUUUCGUCAGUGACGAACCCGGCGGAGACGUCAUCUCUAUUGAUAGAGAUGAUGAGACAAUCAUUGAUGAUGAUGAAAGUCCUCCGCCAAUGUACAGUUGUUAAAAAUGCUUCGUCCCAAUUUGCUGUUCCAUAAACUCAUGAUUCCUUCAUACAUGAUUCCCUUCGUUCCUUGCAACUUCCAUUUCGUUCAAUUCAAAACAAUGUUUUUUGUCGGG